GGGGGCAUGGCCUAAGCGCUCCAGCCGUCAAUAGAGCGGAAGUGGCUGCGAGGGCUGAGCGGAUGUCGCCUAAAGUCCGGUGAAGUUCGGUAACGAUUGCUUUGCACCCCUCAUUCCGUUAACUGACGGACAGCGGGAGGCUCUUUUCAGAGGCAGCCGGAUCCCCCUACUCCAUUCCACUGAUCUUUCUGCUGUCUACACCUCUCCACGAAGGAUGAAUUCUAAGUCCAAGAAGCGCAUGGUGUUGCCUACCCGUCCCGAGCCACCCACUGUGGAAAAAAUCGUGCAGGACGUCAAGGAGGCUAAACCUUCCGACCUGGUCUUCACUUCUGUUGUGGAACCCCAGGAAGGCCCUGUUUUUAAGCCAGAGCCGGAGCAGCAGUACCUGAAGUCUUCUACCUAUCUGUCCAAGAACAAGCAGCUGCAGUUGACGUGCGAGCUACUGAAGAAGAAGGGGGAAGAACUGAAGGCGGUGGGUGAGAAACUGGAAGAAGACAUUGCUGAAAUGAGGAAUAAGAUCUUCUGAUUUCCCCCUUCUCCCUGGUAUCCUGUAAGUUAUCUUGGUAUCUGUGAUUCAGGUUCCUGAACCCACCCCGGUGUUGUAUUUCCUUUCUCUGGAGAGUGUAGUCAGUUGACCAUGACCAUCCGUAUUCAGAACCCCACCCCCCACCCCUUCUUUCUCUUUAUAUAAAUUAAUAAAUUAUUUUCAUCCCCCACCCCUUCUUUCUCUUUACAUAAAUGAAUAAAUUAUUUACAGCCAUAAAU